ACUACUUCCCAUCUCCUUUUCCAUACCUCAACUAAAACAAUCAAACAUGGCGAUUCGUCUCUCCACUCUCACAAUCUCGAUCCUCGUAAUGGUCGUGUCCUCCGUCGCCGUAACAUCGGCGGCAGAGGACAUGUCUAUUAUAAGCUACAACGACAAACAUCACACGAUCGGCGCCGGUCGGACCGAUGACGAGGUCCUGUCUUUGUACGAAUCGUGGCUAGUUGAACACAAAAAAGUGUACAACGCUUUGGGAGAAAAAGAUAAACGGUUCCAGAUCUUUAAAGAUAACCUUAAAUACAUCGAUGAACAUAACGCUAUGCCGGAGAAAAGUUAUAAACUGGGUUUGACUAAGUUUGCUGAUCUGACUAACGAGGAGUAUAGGUCUAUUUAUUUGGGUACUAAGUCGGAUGCUAGUCGCAGGUUGUCGAGUAGACAAAGUGAUCGGUAUGCUCCGAAGGUCGGAGAUAGGUUGCCGGAAUCUGUUGACUGGGUGAAAAAAGGCGUGCUUGUUGGUGUUAAGGAUCAAGGACAAUGUGGGAGUUGCUGGGCUUUCUCAGCAGUUGCUGUCAUUGAAGCAGUAAACAAGUUAAAGACUGGAGAUUCGAUCUCAUUAUCCGAGCAGGAGCUGGUAGAUUGUGAUACUUCUACUAACUCUGGUUGCGACGGUGGUCUCAUGGACUAUGCUUUUGAAUUCGUUAUAAAAAAUGGAGGACUCGACACUGAAGAAGAUUACCCCUACACUGGCAAGGAUGGAAGAUGUGACCAAACAAGGAAGAAUGCCAAGGUUGUCACCAUUGACGGGUAUGAAGAUGUUCCUAAGAAUGAUGAACAGGCAAUGAAAAAGGCUAUUGCAAGUCAACCCGUCAGCGUUGCUAUUGAAGCUGGUGGCAAAGACUUCCAGCACUAUAAAUCGGGCAUCUUUACUGGGAAAUGUGGUGCAGCAGUGGACCAUGGUGUGGUUGCAGUGGGAUAUGGUAGCGAAAAUGGCAUGGAUUAUUGGAUUGUGAGGAACUCGUGGGGUGCUUCCUGGGGAGAACAUGGCUACCUCAGGAUGCAGCGAAACAUUGCCAACCCAAAGGGUUUGUGUGGUAUUGCUACAGGUGUUUCUUACCCUGUCAAGACAGGCCAAAAUCCCCCGAAACCAGCUCCAUCUCCUCCAUCGCCAGUCAAGCCACCCACUACUUGUGAUGAUAUGUACAGUUGCCCAUCAGGAACAACGUGCUGCUGUGUCUACGAGUACUAUCACAUGUGCUUUGCUUGGGGUUGCUGCCCUAUGGAAGGAGCUACUUGCUGUAAAGACCAUAACAGUUGCUGCCCACAUGAUUAUCCUGUCUGCAAUGUUAAAGCCGGCACCUGCUCAAUUAGCAAGAACAACCCUCUUGCAGUCAAAGCAAUGUCACACAUUCUUGCCAAACCUAUUGGAUCCUUCAGCAAUCAGGGAAUGAAGAACACUUUUACUUGAAAUGUCUCCAAUGGGAACGCAAAUUCGCCCAUUAUGUCCGUAACACUGAAUUUGCAAAACCUCAUUUCCAGCUGAAAGUUUAUAGACAUAGGUGAUUCAAAAAGCAGAGGAUAACAGAGUUGCUGCUGCUGCUGAUUUCUGUUUAGUGCUUGUCUCAAUGCACUAGAACAAUAUUGAAAGAAGAGUUCAUUGUUCUCCUGUUUCUGAUUUAUGUAAAUAUUUCCUUAUUCCUUCAUCAGGAUGACUAAUCUGGUACUUUCACCAUGUAGUUUAUUAUUCCAUGUGGUGCUUGUAUUUUCAUUUCACUAAUAAUAUCAAAGACU